AAUUUUUUUUUUUUUUUUUUUUACUUGACUCUUUGUUCAACCAAAUUCUUUUCAAAAACAUUAAAAAAAUUCAAAAUUUAAGUGGUUCUGAAUGGUUUUCAUUUCUGGGUAUUGCAAAAGGUUCCAAUUUUGGAAAUUCUAAGCAUUUUUUUUUUUUAAGGGUUUGUUUAAUUUUUUUUUUUUUUUUUUUUAAAAAAACUUUGGAAUUGAGACAGUUAUUUUGUUUUUGCUUCUGGGUAUUGCUUUGAAAUUUGUUUGACUUUUGUUCUAUAUUACUCUUGCUCUUGGGGUUUAAAUAUUUUGACUGGUUGGUUGGGGUGGGUGGGUGAUAGUUUGAUCCAUAAGAAAAGGUCUAGCACCGGAAGACAAUGCUUCUGCUAUUCAACGGUUUCAGGUUUCACCCAACUGAUGAGGAAUUGGUGGGUUAUUACUUGAACAGAAAAGUGCAGGGGCUUGAAAUUGAGCUCGAAGUAAUACCGGUUAUCGAUUUGUACAAAUUCGACCCCUGGGAAUUGCCAGAGAAAUCAUUUCUUCCAAAACGAGAUAUGGAAUGGUUUUUCUUCUGUCCACGUGAUCGAAAGUACCCAAAUGGCUCGAGAACAAAUAGAGCUACUAAAGCUGGCUACUGGAAGGCCACUGGAAAAGACAGGAAGGUUGUUUGCAAGUCUGAAACUGUAACUGGUUACCGUAAGACCCUGGUUUUCUAUCGGGGACGUGCUCCUUUAGGAGAUAGAACAGAUUGGGUCAUGCAUGAGUACCGCCUUUCUGAUGAUUUUAAUCAAAGCUCACAGAAUGUUCAGGGAGCUUUUGCCUUGUGCCGUGUUGUUAAAAAGAAUGAGCACACACAGAGCCAUGGAGAACCAAAGGGCAAGAAAAUUGCCAGUAGUUCGAGCUAUGGUGAUUUCACCUCAACAAGGAUCUCGAACGAGCCUCUGAACAUCUCUGGUGACAAUUCAUCUCAUGCAAGUUACCAGCACAAUGAGAGUACUUAUUCGAGCCCAGUUACUUCUCCACACCAAGUCACUCCUGCAGUGGAAAUGGAGCAGUCAAUGACAGAGACCAAUCCUGCAAGCUUCUGGGUUUCACCUGACUACAUUCUCGAUUCAUCUAAGGACUACCCACAAUUACGAGAGACAAUGUCUCAGUACAUUCCACAGUAUGAGGUUCCUAGUUCAACGACCCAAUGGCAGUCCUAUGAACAUACAGAUAUGUCACCUAGUUCAUCAUACUCGAAUUUCACAGGGGAAGUUGAACUCGCUGAGGAUUUCAGUCGAAUUGGCUGCAUGUCGCCAUACUCAGGACAUUCAAAUUACAUGGACUUCUAUGGAAAUGAAGAUAUGCAAUAUGAGGGUUAUAACCAUACUGGUUCCUUAGGAUAUCCGAACCUCUUCUGAAACAAGUAGAGGAGAUUGGGACUUUUGCUCACAAUGCAGGGCUUUAAAAUUUCAGAAUUGGGAUCAAUAUCCUAUUUGUGGCAACCAGGUGGAGCUGAAAAGUAUUGGGAACUUAGCAUUCUAUAGAUGGAUGAAGACAGUUUGUUUAUUCUGAUUUAGGAGUCUGCUCAUAGUAAUAUUGUCCAACUGGGAUACCAUGCAAUGUGUCAUCUAUAAGGGGCCCAAGACAACGCCUUUUUAUGUUGGUUCUUGGUUGGGGAAAAAGGGGUAUAGUUAAGUAAGAAAAAAGGAUUUUCUGUAACACUUCUGUAUUGCUAUGCUUUGUUUGGAGCUGGCUUUAUGAGCUUUACCUUCUAAGUUUAUUAUUUAUGUUUUCAGGAUCAUAGUUAUCCAGGCGGUAAUCACUUUUAUCGAUUACACCUGAAGACUGGAGUUGGUUUUGGGGUUUUCUAUAUGGUCUAAUAAAGUAAGCUUCUUUCAUGGAAGCUUCCCUGUGGUACAUAUGGCAUUGCCAGUGUCAAAAGUUUUUGUAUUUUCCUCUGCCUAGUGCAUGUGGAAGCAUCUUUAUGUAUUAAAUUCCUUUCAUAUGAAAAUGAAAUAACUUUCUCAUAAA